GGAAUGGCGGUAUGCUGUUGCUUGUGCACGCGCACACUCACACACGGAGCUCCACCUUGUGCGGCUCGUGAACCUCCUUCACAAUCCUCUGCGUUCAUUCUCAUCAGUGGAGCUUCAUGGACGGGCAGGAAUGGCUGGAUCACGGAGACUUGUUCAUUUUUUCACGGCUUUAUGCGUGUUUCUGUGCUGCAGCGCUUCGGUGAACGGAGGAAAGAGAGGAAACUCGGAUAAAUGCAACUACAAGGGAACGCAGUCCUCCAGCGGCGAUGAGAGCGGUCGCAAACUCGCAGUCACGUUUCGAAAUGACAACUGUUCUCUCAACUGGAAUCCGCUGGGGAAACACGCCAUCCAUGAAGUGAACAACAUCACCUACAGUCACUUGUCAUGUGACAGCCAGGCGGCCGUGGUGGUCCAUUGGAUGGCCAGCCCUCUCGGUAUUGAACAUGUGAAAGGAUUCAGAGUGUAUCUGGAGGACAAGAACCCCGAGGGAAAACAGUGCCAGCACAUGAUCCUGAAGGAUCCGCGGCAGCUUAAUUUCUCUUACAAAACCAUUAGGAUGAGCUCACAGCCCUUCGCAGGUCUCGCCUUUGAAUCCGACUACAUGGUCAGGAUUGUGCCAUUUCCCACGUUCCUGAACGACAGCUUCUUUCCACCAUCUUUUCUGCGCACUAACACUUGUGAAGUGCUUCUUGGCCCGGAUAACCUCGUCUGCAAACCAUUUUGGAAGCCCAAGAUGCUGAAUGUUUCUCAGCUGGGAUCUAAUUUGCAUGUUGUGUUUGACCACGCCCCUUCCACAUUCGGCUUCACCAUCUACUACCUGUACUACAAGCUGAGACAGGAGGGGCCCUUCAGACUGAAGCGCUGCAAACCUGAGCAAAAUGGCCCCAAAACAACAUGUGUUUUACAAGACGUCACUCCAGGAACGUAUGCAAUAGAGCUUCGUGAUGACAACAACACAACCAGAAAACAGACACAGUACCAUGUGAGCCAAGUUCAUUCCCCGUGGGCCGGACCGAUACGCGCCAUGGCCAUCACCGUUCCACUGGUCAUCAUGUCCGCCUUUGCCACCCUCUUCACCGUCAUGUGUCGUAAGAAACAGCAAGAGAACAUCUACUCCCACCUGGACGAGGAGAGCUCAGAGUCGUCGUCUCAGACCACGGCGCUGAACGUCGAAAGGCCCUGGCCAAGGCCCAAGAUCUUCAUCUGUUACUCCAGUAAAGACUGUCCCAAACAUCUCGCUGUCAUCCAGAGCUUCGCCUUCUUCCUGCAGGACUUCUGCGGGUGUGAGGUGUCUCUGGAUCUCUGGGAACAUCUGGAGAUCUGUAAGGAGGGUCAGAUGGCUUGGCUGAGCCGGCGUAUCGAUGAGGCUCACUUCAUCAUCACCGUCUGCUCCAAAGGUCUGAAGUAUUUUGUGGAGAAAAGACACCGCAAGGGCAAGGCCACGUCGAAGGAGAACAACCGAGAACCGAGCGUGAGCGGAGACGCCGGCAGCAGCAGCAGGGAUCUGUUCAUCGUGGCCACAGCUAUAAUCGCAGAAAAACUCAAAGCGGUGCAGCAGAAGUCCUCCGAUCUCUCGCGCUUCAUGGCGGUGUACUUCGACUACUCUCACGAGAGCGACGUUCCGACUUUACUCAGCCUGGCGCCAAAAUUUAAACUCAUGGACCAGCUGCCGCAGCUCUUCGCCCGACUGCAUUCCCGCCAGCUCAGCCUGACCGACCGCGAGCCGCAGCCGCCAAACGUCAGCAAACGCAACUAUUUCCGCAGCAAAUCGGGCCGCUCGCUGUACGUGGCCAUCUGUAACAUGCACCAGCACAUCGAUCAGGAGCCCGACUGGUUCGAGAAGCAGCUCAUGCCGCCGCCGGCGCCCAACAAACGCGCCGUUCCACCUCCCGAUUCGGGGCUCGUCCUGAACGAGGUGAAGCUGAAACUUCCCUCAGAGAGCGACUGCCCGGUGAGGAGCAACGUCCUGAUCCUGCCGGCGACGCCGGGACUUUGUUCGCUGAGUCUGUCGCAGGAUGAACUGGGGGAAGGUUCAUCGAGUCGGGACGUGGGUUCGUCCAGGCCGGUUCUUCAUAUGGAUGGAUCAGCCAGUCCUCCGGAGAUGCCCAGAGACUCUGGGAUCUAUGAUUCAUCCGUGCCCUCGUCUGAACUCUCCAUCCCGCUGAUGGAAGGACUCUCGCCGGAUCAUGCCGACAACUCGUCUCUGGCCGACAGUGUGUCCUCCUCCUCGGGACUUGGUGACGAGGAGCCCCCUGCUGUCAGCUCACUGCAUUGCGCAGGACCCACCAUAUGCAAGGCAGAGCUCCAUCACAACAUACUUCAGAGUGAAGGACUCAUAGCCGCUGCCUCCACCUAGUGGCCUUUAACUGAACUUGCAUCGCCACUUUAAUUUCUAAACAUGCCACUGACUUGGACAAGCUGCCAACGAGUCUUUCUCGUCACAUUAAAAUCCCUUCAUCAGGGAAUAUCUUUGACGGACUAGAUCUUAAGGGAUUGGACCAUUGCAGUGUCUGAAAACUGCAGGCGCUUUUUAACCAAAGUGGUUGUGUACUAGGUAUGCACCCGUGUUUGUGUUUGCAUUACUACAAAUGAACCGAUGUCAUUCAGUCCUUCUUGCCUUAAAUGGGUUUCCAGUGCCAUGAACCUGUGGACGUGACCGUUAUACUGUCAUUCUAACAUGUCAUUUCACUUUUAUUUAUUGUAUUAAGUGGCUCAGUUGUGUGGGAUAACAUGUGGUGCUCACUGCAGACGUGUGUAGAUUAGCACUUGUGUUUUUUAGCCCUGGUAUCGUUUCACUGAAGCCGUUUUGAGGUAACGCUCGAUUUUAGAAGCAUAUCAAGAGCUUUUUAAUGAUUUUAGGCCUUUAUUUUUUUUAAAUGGAUCUUAAAAAAAGUUUCAGAAAAGCAUAAACAGAUUAGCAUAGGUCUAAUGCUUGUUUAUGGCAAAGGGAAGUACCAGCUAAAAAAUUGAGAUGUGCCAUUUUGUUAACUUUAUUUGUGUACUCUGUUUUAUCCAGGUUUUGUACAGUUUUUAUUAGAAUAUUAGGUGAUUUCUACAUUAUAUAAACUUUGUACUGUUUUAUAGUACUCUAAUGUAGGAGAUACGACUUAAUAAAACUAAGAUUUAUAUGCA